CUGGCAACCUAAACCACGCCGCCGGCACCGCAUAGCAGUAUAGGACAGCGUCAGCUCAGCUGUCCAAUGCUGUAUGAAGCAGCAGCCUGCGGCUGGGCGCGCAGGCUGCAGGAGAGAAGGGUGGAGCCUGCGGAGGGUACGUGAUGCCUGGGGAGCAGUGACAGGGCCGCAGCCACACUGCACUUAUGCAUAUAAAGUGGCCGGGAGCGGGAGGCAUACAGACUGUACUCCCGGUUGCUCUACGCCUGACACCCGCUGCAGUGAGGACGGAAGGACUAGGAGUGAGUCCGGCGUCAUUCAGAUGAUAAUGCAGAGCUUUGGGGGCGGAGCAGUUGAGUCAGGGCUACACGGUUGAUCAGCUGUCCGGGAUUAUUGGAGGCGGAGCCAGAUCCUUUUAGCCACUGUUUGGCUUUACCCGUGACUGGCCUCUCACCUGGGACCAGCCAUCAAGGAGCUGAGUUCCUUUCAGGCUGGCCCUUCUUCUCCUGUCUCCCGACCUCCUCUCUCCUAUAGCACUGGUCUCCACUCUCCUGCCGUUUGGCUCAGUGACAGUGUCCAUCCUGCUUCUUAUCCUCUCCACCCUUUCAUAAAUCAGAUGAAGAAUUGGAUAAACUGCUUGAACAUUGGACAUCUGACUAACCCCCGAGGUUCAAAAUGGAGCAAAGACUCUACUGAAGGGCACUCUUGAGGCAUAUAUUGUAUUGUCGCUGCAGAGCAAGUUCUAAAGAUCAGGGUCUAAUUACUGGAACAUUUAUUGCUACUGAGAGUGCAAAGUUCAAUGGGAUAAAAAUGCAAAUAUUAAAUCCAGUUAACGUCUUCACUUACUAACACCAGAAGAGCUUAGCAGCGCUGGAGGCCGGUCUGCCAGGAGAGAGUAAAGAGGAGGAAACAGGGUGAUAGAUUACAAAAUGCCAUCAAGACAGAAGACAUUGCUGUUCUUUGCUGGUUUUGUAUCUAGCGUUGGAUCAUUUGCAAUCAUCUGCACUUCUCUGGGAACACAGCAAUGGGUUUCGAGUGAGGUUCGGUUUGCUGGAGGGAAUUAUUCUGGAAUUGCAAAUGUUAAACUUGGGCUCUUCCAAGUUACUCGCUCAAAGACUAUAACUGAGGGAGUUGCACUUAACACCCCUACCUCCGUCAUGCAAGUUUUUCAGGUAUUAAAGGAAACAAACAUUGUUAAAGGAAUCCACGUCAUAAUCAUACUGUUCCUGGUCAUCAGUCUACUAUCUUCUCUGCUGGGUUCGGCAACUACUUGCUUUAAUAGUGUGAGCAAUCCGUAUCUGACUUUCCUGGGCCCCCUCGGAGUUUAUGUAUGGACUGCAAUAAAUGCGGCCUUUGUCCUUCUUGCUAUGAUCCUGGGUGCUAUUAAUAUGGAGGCAAACGAAAUGCCAAAGAAACUGGCAAUCGCCAUGGACACAUCGAACGACGUGUUUGGGUCUAGUCAGAACACAUAUGGAUAUUCCUACUGGCUUCUACUUCUCAGCAUAUUCCUCAAUGCUGCCACCAUAGCAGUCAUCUACUACUAUCAACAUGCACGGUACAGUGAGCAGAAGAAACAAGAAAGGCCUAUGGAAACGGCAAGCCGGGAUGUGAUCUUAUUCUAGGACUCCAUGCAGAGGAAGUGACUUAUUAUUUCAUUGCUUUUAAUGAGUGUAUCACCAGACGCUAACAAUAAACCAGCAGGGACUUCUGGAGACCAUCGCAUUAGCAAAUGAAAAUGCUGCAUGUUUACAACUCCAGUAUUCCAUAAUUAUCACAUGGUUUAGGCUGGAGAGACUCGGUAAAUGCUGCUCUCUGUCUCUAUUUAUAUAACUGUAUUAUUGUCUUAGUAAAUGU